AUGCAGUUGUACAACUUGACGCUGCAGCCGCCAUCAUGCGUGACGACGGCCGUAGUCGGGCAGUUUUGCGGGACGCGGCAGCAAGAAAUCUUGCUGGUCCGUGGCAGUCGUCUCGAGCUAUACCGCAUCGAUACUGCGACAGGGCAUAUGAUGCGUGUGCUGUCGCAACACACGUUCAGUAACGUGCGCAGUGCUGCAUGUUUUCGCUUGAUGGGAGGCACGAAGAACUACCUGAUUCUUGGAAGUGAUGCAGGGCGCAUUGUGGUACUGGAAUACAAUGCAGCACGAAACCGAUUCGAAAAGGUGCAUCAGGAAACGUUUGGUCGCUCGGGCAACCGGCGUAUCGUGCCGGGGCAAUACCUCGCCACGGACCCUAAAGGGCGCGCCGUGCUUAUUGGCGCCAUUGAGCGAAGUAAACUGAUCUACACCCUGAAUCGCGAUGCGGACGCGAACCUCACCAUAUCCAGCCCCUUGGAAGCCAACCGACCUACGGCCAUUGUGCAAUGCAUUGUCGGUGUAGAUGUUGGGUACGAAAACCCUGUAUUCGCCUCACUUGAAACAGACUAUGCAGAUGCGGAUGCUGAUCCUACGGGCGAAGCGCUGGCACGUACGGAAAAACGACUGACGUAUUAUGAGCUGGAUCUUGGUCUAAACCACGUCGUGCGACGCUGGACGGAGCCCGUGGACAGGAGCGCACAUCAUCUUAUUUCGGUCCCAGGUGGCUAUAAUUACUCGACAGAAGCUUGGGACGGGCCAAGUGGCGUGUUGGUGUGCAUAGACGACUACAUCGUGUACCGACAUCCGGACCAGCCCCCCCACAUCGUCCCGAUUCCCGUUCGCGAAAAUGCUUCGAUUCACCGCGGCUCCAUGAUUGUGGCAAGCGUGUUGCACAAGAUGAAAACGUCUUUUUUCUUACUAGUGCAAAACGAAGACGGCGACUUGUUCAAAGUGACAGUCGAGCACGACGAGGAGCAAGUCAAGGCCGUGCGUAUCAAGUACUUUGAUACGGUACCAGUCGCCGCAUCCUUAUGCAUUUUGCGCUCUGGCUACCUAUUUGUCGCAUCAGAUUCAGGGUCACAGUGCCUGUAUGCUUUUGAAAAGCUUGGUGAUGAUGAUGACGAGCCAGAGUACUUGUCGACCUCCCAUGACGGUACCAUUCCGACUUUUGUGCCGCGCCCGCUGGGAAAUUUGAUGCUUGCGCACGAAAUCGAAGCACUAGAUCCUCUCAUGGAUGCCAAGAUUGGUAAUCCACUUGGCAGCGACGUACCGCAGAUCUAUGCGGCGUGUGGUCGAGGCCCUCGAAGCACUUUCAAGCGACUGCGCCAUGGCCUUGAAGUCAGUGAAGUUGUCAGCAGUGAGCUGCCUGGUGUUCCGCAGGCUGUCUGGUCCACGAAAUUAUGCAGCACCGACACAUUUGACGGUUACAUCGUCCUGAGUUUUGUGAAUGGAACGCUUGUGCUCGGAAUCGGCGAAACCAUCGAAGAGGUCGUGGACAGUGGAUUCCUCACGUCUGAACCCACUUUAGCAGUCCAGCAACUGGGCGCCGAUGCUCUGCUGCAGGUGCAUCCAGCUGGCAUUCGGCACAUCCUACCGAAUAAGCAGGUGAACGAAUGGGCAGCGCCAGUGCGUGAUGACGGCGUACAAACGCGCAUUGUAGCAGCGACAACGAAUCACCGUCAGAUUGUGGUUGCUCUUGAUAACCAGGACAUUGUAUACUUCGAGCUGGAUAUGGAUGGCCAGCUCAACGAGUUCCAGGAGCGGCGCUCAAUAGGCGCCCACAUUGUUGCGCUCAGCAUCAGUACAUGCCCUGAGGGCAGUCAGCGUACACCAUACGUUGCCUUGGCGUGCUCAGAUCAGACCGUGCGCAUUAUCUCAUUGGAUCCUGACUCGACGCUGGCCCCCAUCAGUUUGCAGGCGCUGACAGCACCGCCGUCCAGUAUCUGCAUCUCUGAGAUGCUCGACGCAUCCAUUGACCGGCAUCACCUCACCAUGUUUGUGAGCAUUGGCCUAAUCAACGGUGUGUACAUCCGCACUGUACUGGACCCAACCACCGGUCAGCUCACUGACACACGCACCCGCUUUCUGGGCGGCCGACCUGUCUCUCUCGUGCGCACGCGCGUCCAUGGAGACACGGCCGUGCUCGCUCUCAGCACUCGCACCUGGCUCACAUAUACUCUGAACGAGCACAUCCAAUUUACGCCACUCAUGUUUGAUGCCCUUACCCACGUCUCGAGCUUUCAUACGGAAUUGUGCCCUGACGGCUUGCUCGGCAUUACGGGCGAUACUCUUCGUAUCCUUACUGUGCCUCAGAUGAACGGCACACAGAUGAAAAUGGAUUCACUCCCUCUGUCUUAUACACCUCGAAAGAUGGCUGUGCACCCCCACAACGCCUCUCUUUUUUAUGUCAUUGAGUCGGAUCACCGCACAGUAGCGGCUGGUGCCGAGUAUGACGCGGCCCGCAUGGGUCCUGUGCGUGCAGAUCCAGGUCGCUGGGUCAGUUGUAUCCGUGUUGUGGAUGCUGUGACCAUGUCUACCUGUGCAUGUGUUGAACUGCCUAACGACGAGGCAGCAUUUAGCAUCACGCUAGUACCGCUGGCCGCGUGUCAAAAUGAGUGGUUUCUGAUUGUCGGAUCGACACAGAGUUUGACACAUAAGCCACGUGCUAUGAAAGCGGCGUUUCUCUCCACCUAUCGACUCGCAUGCCAAGGCCGGCAGAUUGAGUUGAUGCACAAGACCGAGGUGGACGACGUCCCCCUGGCAUUACAUGCAUUUCACGGGCGUCUGCUGGCGGGUAUUGGCAUGCAUUUGCGCAUUUAUGAUAUGGGUACAAAGAAACUGCUGCGCAAGUGUCAAAGCCGGCCAUUCCCCUCUACUAUCGUUCGCGUGUCCGUUCAGGGGCAUCGUAUCAUUGUCGGUGACUCGCAAGAGUCAGUGCACUACGUUGUAUACAAGCCUGGAACAAACAGCUUGAUUUCUUUCGCGGAUGAUAUUAUGCCACGCUGGACGACCGCUCUUCUCAUGCUUGAUUAUGAUACCGUCAUGGCCGGUGACAAAUUUGGCAAUGUGUAUGUGCUCCGAAUAGACUCGAGCACCUCAAUGAGUUCGGACGAGGAUCCGACUGGACUCAUGCUCCAAAACGAACGAGCAUAUCUGAUGGGCGCAGCGCACCGCGCGCAAGUGCUAGCGCACUUUCACAUUGGCGAUAUUAUAUCGAGUUUAGCGCUCGAGAGUUUGGUGCCUGGCGGUCGUCCUGUCGCAAUAUACACGUGUAUCAAUGGUACCAUCGGUGCCCUUAUACCUUUUAUCAGCCGUGAAGACGUGCGGAUAUUCUCUACGCUUGAGAUGCACAUGCGCCAGGAGAAAUUAAGUGUGACAGGGCGUGAUCACCUUGCAUACCGAGGGCAAUUUGCGCCUGUCAAAUCCGUGGUGGAUGGCGAUUUAUGUGAGCUCUAUAUGUCCCUCUCUCAUGAAAAGCAGGAAGAAAUGGCCGAAGAGCUAGGUCAUGCACCUAAUGACAUCGGCAAGAAGCUCACGCAAAUGCGCGAGUCAACGACAGAAUUAUAA